CACUACUACUCAGCUAGUUCGAGCUCAAUAUAGUUCUCCAUCCUCCUUCUUUCCUUUUUUGCUUGGCCCAACGACAUGGCUCGUUUUCGAGGGUUUCCAACGAUGUCAUUUCUUCCUGUCCUGGUGUCAAUAACCCUACUGCUGGCUCGUGCCACGGCAGAGGAUCCUGCCUUUCCCGACCCUUGCCAAAGCUAUACCUACAACCCUUCGGACACCCUGCCCUACGGCCGAGCCAAUUUCCCUCCUGGCUUCGUCUUUGGCACCGCCACAUCUGCUUACCAGGUGGAAGGUGCCGCCAAUCAGAGCUGCAGAGGCCCAAGCGUAUGGGACAAAUUCGCCCAUCAAUUCCCAGAAAGAAUUGCUGAUCGAAGUAAUGGAGAUGUGGCCAUUGAUAUGUAUAACCUCUUUGUGGAGGAUAUACAAAGGAUGAAGUACAUGAAUGUGGAUGCUUACAGGCUCUCCAUUUCCUGGUCUAGAGUUAUCCCAUACGGGAAGCGGAGUACAGGGGUGAACAGAGAAGGAAUCGAUUUUUACCACAGGGUUAUUGAUUUGCUCAAACAAAACGGUAUCGAGCCUUAUGUCACAAUAUGGCAUUGGGAUACCCCUCAGGCACUUGAAGCCGAGUACGGUGGCUUCUUAAGCCGUGACAUAGUGAAGGACUUUGAAGAUUACUGCGACUUGUUAUUCGAAGAGUACGGUGGAAAGAUAACGAAAUGGAUAACGCUGAACGAACCGGUAACUUACGUGAUGAGAGGCUACGACGAAGGGCUGAUGGCACCGGGGCGUUGUUCCACGUGGGUUAACCAUGCAUGUCUCGCCGGAAAUUCAGGGACCGAGCCUUACAUAGUCACCCACAAUCUCCUUCUUGCUCAUGCUGCUGGUUAUCGAUUGUACCAGCAAAAAUACAAGGCAAGUCAAGGAGGGGAAGUAGGAAUCACCAUUGUUACUUUCUGGUUCGUUCCUUACACCGAUACCACAGCGGAUAUCGAUGCAGCUCAAAGAUCCCUAGACUUUAUGUAUGGGUGGUACAUGGAUCCCAUAACCUAUGGUCACUACCCGAGGAACAUGAUCGACCUCGUCGGAUCUCGCCUGCCCACCUUCACGUCGGAGGAGUCGAGAUCGUUGAAAGGCUCCUACGAUUUUCUGGGACUCAAUUACUACACAGCUUAUUACUCCAUGAACAACCCCAACUUCGACCCUGAACAUCUCGAGUAUCUUAAGGAUUCCCACGCUAUUACUACAGCUACUGGAGCCAAUGGAGAACUCAUUGGACCAGAGUUGGGUACGUCGUGGCAGUACCUAUACCCACAAGGGCUCCAAUAUCUUUUGAACUACACCAAAGAUACAUACAGAAACCCUCAUAUUUACAUCACCGAGAAUGGACUUUCUCAAGAGGACGAUCCUACACAAUCAAUCGAGGAAGCGACACAAGACGACACUAGGAUAAGUUUCUAUGACAGCCACCUUGACAGUGUUCUCCAGUCCAUGAUUGGUUACAACGUGAACGUGUCGGGGUUCUUCGCGUGGUCGUUUGCGGACAACUACGAGUGGAACGACGGCUACUCGGUCCGGUUCGGUUUCUACUACAUCGACUACACCGACGGUCAGCUGACCCGCUACCCGAAGAGCUCGGCCUGCUGGUACACCAACUUCCUGAACCGGAACGCUCCCACGGGCCAGACCCUAAUCCGCCAGAAGACUAUUCACAGCGAUAAGCUGCAGGCUCAGCCCACCGCUCGCCGCCCUUCAGCAGCUGGCGGACGUCGUGCUCUCCCCCGCCGUCCCCGCCAAUUCUCCCGUUGGUGAUCAUCUACCAAUUCACUAAUAAACGGCUGUCUCCUAUCAAGAGAGUGAUGGUCAUGGUACGGAUUUUCCGAUUUGGUGCAAGAAUAAGAGUCACGAGGGUUCUGCCCGUGGACUGGCCUGCCUGCCUUGAGAAAGUUAGGAGAGAGCAAUUUUUAUUGUAUUAUCUUCAUCUUCUAGGGUUUGGGGCUUUUUCUGGGCUUCCUUGUUGCGUAGUGUAGUGUUAGAGUUGCGUGUUUUCACGCAGUAUGUUCUUCCUUCCUGCAUUAAGCUGUAAGUGUUUCUCCAGCAUUGACUUGGUAAUAAUAAAAGUUUGAUCUCUUUAUAUAUACUAGAAAAAUGGCCCGCGCGUUGCGGCGGGUAUGUUCAUAUCACGGAAUAUAAAUGAAUUUGUAUG